UGCGCGGGAACGCGGAGCGCAGGAUAGAGCAGUGUCGUGCCCGCGCUUCCGCGCGAGUCUUCUCGUUCGGUGACAGACAGCGGUGCAAAACAUCUCAAGCCGCCGCCUGCACUGGAUAUUUUGCUCACAUACAAUCACGAAGCAUUAACCUCGGGACUCUUUUCUAAUCCUUUUUCAUCUCAUCUGUCGCUCUAGGAUUGUUUAAAAAUGAAUCCGCUGUGUAGUAGAUGUAACCGAGUCGUGUAUCCAACGGAAAAAGUGAAUUGUCUUGACAAGUUCUGGCAUAAAGGAUGUUUCAGCUGUGAGGUAUGCAAGAUGACUCUAAACAUGAAGAACUACAAAGGUUUUGAUAAGAAACCAUACUGCAAUGCACACUACCCAAAAACGUCAUUCACGAGUGUUGCUGACACUCCAGAGAACCUACGUCUGAAACAGCAGAGCAAGAUGCAAAGCCAGGUGCUCUACAAGGAGGAGUUUGAGAAAAACAAGGGAAAGGGCUUCAGUGUUGUAGCCGACACACCAGAAUUGCAGAGAAUUAAGAAAACACAAGAUCAGAUCAGCAACGUAGGUCCCAGGCAACACAUCUCCCCUAAUAUUAAAUAUCAUGAGGAUUUUGAGAAGAGUAAAAUGGGAGGAGAAGUUCACCAUCCACCACCGCAACAAAGCACAACUCCAGUAUAUCAACCCCCAACUGCAUCACAGAACUACCAUUAUGAGCCAGAACCUGUGCGCCAAGCUGCCGCAGCUCCUCCGCCUAGUUCUGGGAAACGUUACCGGGCAGUGUAUGACUACACUGCAGCUGACGAGGAUGAAGUGUCGUUUCUCGAUGGGGAUGUGAUAGUAGAUGUUCAGCCAAUUGAUGAAGGAUGGAUGUAUGGAAGAGUAGAGCGUACUGGUCAGCAGGGCAUGCUGCCUGCUAACUAUGUGGAGGCCAUAUGAGAAAGUAAACAAGAAAGUGAUGGAGGGAGAUGGAGAAAGAGGGAAUGAGAGAGAUGGAGAGAAAUGGAUAACAGGAGGCCCAGUGCCAUUCCAUAUUUUAAGAGCUAUUUUCUUUUUCUUUCUUUGUGCUUUCUUAUUACUGCGCCUAUGCCGAUAACUCAUGCAAAACACAUGCAUACAAAAAUGCACUCACACAAUUAUAUAGUGUAGACAUACAUACACAUUGUGUAUAAUCAUGUCUUGCUCUACCUGCACUGUUUCUCUCUGCUCCCUCUUAGAUCUUGCUGUUUGACCGUCUACCUUGUCUUGUUUUUCAGUCUUGGAGAGGUGCUGUCACAAGUGGCACUUAACAGUUUAAUGAUACACAUACAGCCAAACAGACCUCUGAAAUUUUUUUCAAGGCUGCUUUAUAGCACUUCGUGAACAGACAGCCCUAGCCAUGUCAAUCAUUCCGCAUUUGCCAUGACAAUGAGAACCUGUUUUCCUUUCUGACCUUUUUUUUGCAGCCUGUCGCUAGUUGUACCUAUCAUUCUAGACCAUGUGGCAUCUCAAUGGUUGUGCAGUAGUAAUGAUGCUUGAACAUGAGACUUCUGAUCAUUCCAUUUGUUCAACUUGAGUCUUAAAUCGUAUCCAUCAGACCUCAUGGGUAUUGUAGUGAAACUGGAAUACAUGUAUAUAAAAAGAUCCUCUUACCGUGGCAUCGGUUUGUGUAUGGGUGUAGUGUGACUGACACUGCUCGCAAGGCAGUGUUUCAUCGUCUUCAUAUGUAACACUUCAUCUCUGUGCUUUCAUAUAAAACAUACAUGUUCUAGUCUCUUUUUUUGUUGCACACUUACUGCGAAAGUUAAAGUGGUAUUCUCUGCUCUUCAUUAAAGAAAAAAGUAGACCCAUAGCACUCACCACUUACCUGAGAGCAGAACUGGAUAAGCAGUGAAAGGGAAAGAGGAAGCACAAUUCUGUGGACCAUUUUAGUGUGUUUUUGUCUUGACACCGAUUAAGCCUAGUCCUGGACUAAAUAUCACUGUUAACCUCCUUGUGAAAAAUGCUUUAGAGUUGUAGACUAAGCUAAAUCUGUGCCUAAGAACUAUUCCUGUAUGUUUUAACUCUUUUAGUUUUGUUCAGAAACAUUCCGUGUGCAUUGUAUGAUGAUGUAUCUCAGCAUGUAUCUCUGCACUAUUCUUUAUGAAGUUAUUGUUUUUUUCCCUCUCAUCCUUUGCUUAUUCUCAUUACCUUGUUCUUAUUGUAUGAGCCAGAUUUGUAAUGUCAGUUAAUCAAUAUCAGUGGAAUAAAACAGAUUUAUUUGUAUAUCAA